UCUUCUCCUUUCCUUCUACUCACCACACACAUCCCCCAAACACACAUUCACAAUGGGUUUCACUGAUCUUGCCUCCGAAGCCGGCCUUACCCUUGCCAACAACUACCUGGCUACCAGGAGCUACAUUGUUGGCGAUGCUCCCUCCCAGGCCGAUGUCGUGACCUUCAAGGCCUUCUCCGGUGCUCCUGACGCCGAGAAGUACCCCCACGCUGCUCGCUGGUACAAGAACAUCGCCUCUUUCGAGGCUGAGCACGCCUCCCUCCCUGGCGAUGCCUCCAAGCCCUACACUGCCUACGGCCCUGAGUCCACUGAGCUGCCCACCAACCCCAAGGCUGCCAACGACGACGACGACAUGGACCUCUUCGGCUCCGAUGAGGAGGAGGAGGACCCGGAGGUCGUCAAGGAGCGUGAGGCUCGCCUUGCUGAGUACCGCAAGAAGAAGGAGGCCAAGCCCAAGCCCGUUGCCAAGUCCCUGGUGACUCUCGAGGUUAAGCCCUGGGAUGAUGAGACCAACCUUGAGGAGAUGGAGGCCAACGUCCGUGCCAUCGAGAUCGACGGUCUCGUCUGGGGUGCCUCCAAGUUCGUUACCGUUGGUUUCGGUAUCAAGAAGCUCCAGAUCAACCUUGUCGUCGAGGACGAGAAGGUCUCCCUCGACGAGCUCCAGGCUCAGAUCGAGGAGGACGAGGACCACGUCCAGUCCACCGAUGUUGCUGCCAUGCAGAAGCUGUAAGCGGAACGUUGUUUAAUGAUGAAGAUAAAUGGCGUGAUGAUGGAUUUUCUUAUGCUAUCCCACGGAAAUAUACUGUCAUGAACUUGAAUAACCCAAGCCGACUG